CUGGCAGCAGCCUGUUAAAACUGUCCACACCCAAACAUUAGCACAAUAAAUGAGGCUCUGCAGAUUCAGAUCUUUUCUGUUUUUGUGAAAUUGAGGACAUUGUAGUUUGUGCCACUGCUUAUCUUUUCUUGGAAGGAGGAAUACCCAAAAUUCUCUUUUUCAAGAGCCUUCACCCAUUCUGUGUAUGGUCCGGAACAAUUUAGUGAUUGAUAUCAGUAGCUCUAGGUAGUGCAGAGUGGGUUAAAACACAGAGAUAAACAUGAUGUUGAACAGGGAUCUUAUUUCAGAUAUCUUAGGCCGUGUGGAUGGGAGGACACUUGCAAAUGCUGGAUGUGUUUCUUCAGAGUUUUGGUCUGUCGCAAGGCAAGAGAGAAUAUGGGAAGAAGCUUGCUGUUCUAUGUGGCCUUCUGUAGAGGACACAGAUGUUAAGAAAUUGAUCUCUUCUUCUUUGGGUGGAUUCAGAAAUUUUUAUGCAAGCUGCUUCCCUUUCGUUGUUUAUGGCAGUACUCUCAGCGAUUCCAAUUGCAGAGAACUUGAAAAACUAUCUGAUAGGUUUGUUGUUCCCUCUGAUUUUGUCUCGGUUGUGGAUGUGCAGUACAAGAAUAAGUUUAUCUAUUCUAAAGUUGUGUUGGGGAUCCCUGCUGCUGAAGAUUUUGAGGGGUGGUUCUGCACCUGUCCUUUCAGGGUUGAUCUCCUUAAUUAUAAUGAGGAUCAUGCUAUUACAGAUGGGUUGCCCACAAUUGUGCCUCUUGACAAGCAAAGGAAGGGUAGUGAUUUCUGGGAACAGUUUAUGGAGAAUAUUAGGUUAAGUUGGAUUGUGAUUAACAGGAGAACAGGGCAAGCUGCUAAUCUUUCAAGCUGGAUUCCUCUGUCUGGAAAGAGGGAUUGGCCUUCAGAUAAGGAUUUUGUAAUGUGCUUUGGUUCCACAUUACCUGCCCACAAUAUAUUGCCUUGCAAAACUGUGCAAUGUAAGUUGGUGAUGAAGUGCAGACUUUCAGAUGGUGGUAAUACAAGUUUGAAGAUCACUGAACUAAGCAUGCAGUUGGAAGACAUGAUGGGUGCUCAUGUUAAUGGGAGACGUAGUCUGGCUAUCCUGGAAAGAGCACUAGAGUGCACGAGGAGUAAGAAUCACAAUCAGAUUUUGGAAUCUUAUCAGAAAUACUUGAGAGAACAGAGUAAACUGAGGGAAGCAAAGAUGAGGAGUGAAGGUUGUCUGGAUACUCUUUUUAUUCUGGGUGGCAUUGUUGCAUUUGCUGUAUUUUGUUUUUUCGCUUUCAGACUGAGAACAGCUAUCUUCUAGCGCUGUUCCUUCUAACAAGUCAC